AUGCCCGCCCCCCGACGUAAGAACAAGAAAAAGUACCUCACCUCCGCAGGGGGCCACUACACCUCCAAACGUCAAGUGGGUGGGCCGGGGAUCUUCAUCACCACCAUACGGGGCAAGGAACCGCGUUGCGUGCAGGAGUUUUAUAAUGUGUUGGAUGAGGUGGGUUCGGUAUCUUCGGAUGAAGAGGUGGUAAUUGGCAGAGGAGCUGAUGACUUUGUUUUGUUCGAUGGUGUGUGUGUGUUUGUGGUCAAAGGUCGCGGAUCGGUUGUACCCCAAAGAACGAUUGGCCGAAUUGGAAAAGCUACGACCCGUCAAAGCAGCACCCGUCCGAGCCGAGGAAGAACCAGAGCAAGAGCCUCCACAAGUCGAGGAGGAAGACGAAGCGGACCAAUCGAUCGAAGCGCAAAUCGCACGCGAGAUCGCCGCCCUCAACCCACGCAAACCCAAAAAGCCCAAACCAUCCUCCUCAUCCGACCCUACGGGUACAACAAAAGGGGACAAGAGCAAGAAGGAAAAGGCAAGGUUCCUCUCAAUUGAGACGGGGACAGAAUGUGGUCAGUUUCAUUUUGGUCGUGCCCCCACACGCGGAGCUGAUUAGGCAGAUGCUGACUACUUGGCAUUGGGUACAGUUUGCUUCUUCUCCGUCGCAUGGCCUUAUGAUCCCGUCGAGCUAUGCAAAGCCAUCGUCGACGAUCUCCAAUCGACCAGAGUCAUCAAAACCAGGUCCGUCCGUACCCGCCCUCGGUCGAAACCAAUUUAUUGCCUUACUCACUCGUCUACUUCUUCCACCCGUUGAUACAAGCAGGUUCUGCCUCCGUCUCACGCCCGUCAGCACCUCGUGUCAUGCGAUGAAGACCGAGACCGUGCUUGAGAAAUCAAAAGAGUUGAUGAGGCGCACGUUCGAAGAGUAUGCCGCUUCGAAAGCGGUUUCGGAGUUCACGGUUCGUCCUGCUCACAGCUCGCUCCAUCGCGUCGCUGCGAACCCAAGCUCACCGAGUCCAUCCACUCUCAACAGUUCGCCAUCGAACCCUCCAUACGCUCCCAUUCCGAACCCCUCACGCGCACCUAUCUAAUCGAACAAAUCGGUCUCAUCAUCAAGGACCUCGCCCUCUCCACCUCCCUCUCACUCAAAGCCAACCUCUCACAACCCGAUCUCGUCAUCAUCCCCGUCGUUUUGAUGAAAGAAUAUGCAUUGGGGAUUGUAGAAGGAAGGGGAUGGGGAGGGGAGGGUAAGAAGUGGAAUUUAGAUGCGCUGGGGGCCGAUAUUAAUCAGAAGCUUUUGGGGGGCGGGGAGAAGGAAGAAGGUGGGGUGGAGGUGAUCAAUCGGUCGACUGAGGGUGCUAUACCAACGCUCUAG